UCUCGGAACAUGUUUGUGGAGCAGUACUACAACUAGUGCCGCCAGCACGGAAUACACGAGGAUACUUUUUAGCUUAUAGUCAGGUAAGAGAAGAUUUACCUCUUGUCUUCCCGAACAACUUUUUUUUUUUCAACUGAACGAUGCCCUCAACUAUCAUCCAGGCCGGGAACACAUGGCAUGGCUUUAGCAAAAUCCAACAUUUGAUCAUAUUUGGCGAUUCGUAUAGCAGCGUACGUUGGGACUAUCAAGCUUCUUCCCAUCCGACAAUCAAGAGCCCACUGGGAGUGACCUAUCCCGGGGUAACAUACGCAGAGCCUGGAAAGCCGAACUGGGUCGGACAUCUCGUAAAAUUGCGCUCACCCAAACUGGUGUACGACUAUGCCAGGGGAAGCGACUUUGUGUCUUCUCUAGAGAGACAGAUCAUAUACCAGUUCCUUCCGAAUGUCGGGAGGAAGCCAUCAUCGGCCUCAUGGGAACCACAAGACACACUCUUUAUGACAUGGAUUGGGAUCAACGAUCUUGCCCUCAUCGAAGACAUGGAUGGCGUGUUCAACACGCUGAAGGGGCUUUUCCGGUACCAAGAGAGACUAUACGCCUCCGGAGCUCGAAACUUCCUCUUAUUUGAUCUCCCUCCAAUUCACCGAUCACCCUCAGUUCGAGAAGAUACCAGUACCGUACUGGAACAGUAUGAGACGUGGAAUACGACAUUAGAGAGAGAACUCCAGAGUUGGGCUAGAUCCCAUCCAGACAUUACCGCCUUUCUCUUUUCCUCAUGGGACACAUUUACGCGCGUUUUGGAUGACCCAAACGCAUUUGGAUUUGAUCCCAGCGACAUCAGUCAAGCUGGGGGCGCGAUAUGGGUAGAUCGGCUGCGUCCCACGAGUGCGAUGCAUCGAAUCAUUGCGGACGAUCUGGUUUCGUUCUUGGACGUUCAUUCACCGCAUGUCCCGGAUCAACAAGAGUUCUCCCAUAAUCGCGCUUGCUUCUCCGCAAACAAUGCUGUAUGAGAAGACGAGUAUGUGAAAAGGCAUAGGACGGCGCGGGCGCUUGAUAGUUGCCUCAGGCAGGAACUACUAGCAUUUUAAGUCCUC